AUGGAGCAUCGGAACCGUCGCGACGACGAGCCGACUCAGCACGGCCAGCACCGAAGAUCACGCAGUAGAGGCUCCAUCCAAGACAAUCCCUGCCGGUCUUCUUCACAUUCGACUUCCCAUUCAAGCCACGCGCACCAGAGACCGCGAGCGUACAGAAAUUUACCAAUUCCCAGUAACCAGCCGCACCCUCCCGGAGCGAACCAAGCGGAGGUUCUCCGCUGGCUUGACGACGCGGCGAAUGCGUCGAGGCGUUCUCCCAUAGCGGGGGAAGCGGACGCGGACGCGAGUGUAGCGAGUGAGCGACUCGACUCCUCCUCGAGCAUGGGAAUCUGUACCUCACAUCUGGACGGACAUCAUCAUGCGCUUCGGAGCAGCGUCAAGGCGACGCGGGCGCGGCCGUCUACGGCUCCUCUCGCGGACAGGCCGUUUACUCGCGACCAUCGUGGUGUCUCGGCGGAUGGUUCGGGUGGUUCCGGUGGUUCCGGUGGUUCAGGCUCAAGCUCUACGUCGGUCAUUCGCCUUGAUGGUAGUAACGCAGAUGCUGGGAGACGGAGAGAGACGGCAGGAGGCAGCGCGAUGACGCAUGCUUCUCAGGUGUCUCCUGAACACGCCGCUGUGCGACCGUCGUCCAGACGAAGUUCCAGAAAGGCCGUUCCAUCGGACAACGCGGCGACUCAGCGAUGCAGCUCGCGACAGAUCACGCUGGACGGGUCGCCUUCCCCGCCGCUAUCUGCGACGGACGAUCAGAGCAGCCCGUGCUACUCCGCCUUCCCGCAAUCCAGCUCCGACGGCUCACAGUCACACCGCUCAUUGUCACACCCGAUGCAGUCACGCAUGCCGCGGUCGCAGACGCAAGUGGAUGAAAGGGUUCACCCGUGCGGUCAAGCGCUGUUUCCUCACUCCCAGUCAGAAUCGUGCGCUACUGGCAAGCAUCAGAGCCAGUCAAGGACCCGCAGGGAUGCUCGCUCUCCACCCACCGCGCAGGAACACCACCCUGCUCCUGACAGCCUCGGCGAGGCUAUACCCCACAUAAGCACGUCCAUAAUCAGCGGCAACAACGAGGGGGGCUCCAUUGUCAAGCCCAGGCGAUCUCGCACGGACGGUGAUAGCAGGCGCCCUCCCAGCAGGAGCUCGGAGAAGCGAUCUCAGCCGUUGGCUCUUCCACAGCCACAAUCUGCACCAGAUGUGCUCGUUUUGACCAGUCCAGAGAGUUCUUUCGACGCUGCUACGAGUCAGCAGGCGAGUCCGGCUGAGGAGGUGCGACGCUCUGCUACGCCGCCUGUGCCAGAAACCGAUGUGUGCACGGAGGGUUGCUGGAGUGAUUAUAACGAGAUGAUGGUUGUGCGAGAAGGAAGCAGGAAUCACUCUAUGCGGCCAAAUACGGCUCCUGCACCAGAUGAAGGGCGAGACUUCCGGGAAAGGCUUAGCAGACCUAGUAGCUGCGAGGAUGGUUUGGAUGUUACCAGUGGCGAAGUGGCGGAUUCUGAUUGGCUGGCGGAGUGCAACGCAGGGAAUGAGAAGAUGGCUCUAUUCAAGCAGAAGCUGAAGGGUUUGAAGGUGCGGAGGCACUCUGAUGACGGGGUGCUUGGAACCAAAAUGUCCCUGUUUCGCCUCAGACUCAAGGCGCUGAGAAUGGGAAGCGAGAAGAGCAAUGAAGGGGAUGGAAACGAUGAGCAGAGAAAGAUGGAUGAGUUUAGAAGCCGGAUAGGGGACUUGAAGGCUGGGAGGCGGCAAAAAGGAGGUGUAGAGAAGGAGGGUGGGCAGGGGCUAGAAAGAGGGUCUCAGGGGAAAAAGAGCUCCAAAAAGAGUGUGCCUGAGGGAAACGAGGGAGCGGAGGCAUCAGCGAAAAGAGUGAGAACUGUGGCAGCGGGAAGCUGCCAAAAACCACCAGGCAAAGGCAAGGCAGCAGCAGGAGGUGCGGGGGAGGGCGAUACAGGGGGAGGCAGUGGGGAGGGAGGUGCUGCGGUGGGGAGCAGGCGGAGGCGGUUGAGGCAGGUGUUCUGCUUGGAUGUGCCUUCUGUCGUGCACGGCUGGUGCAGUGACGGGGAGGACUUAGGAGCCGAGUCAGACGGUUGGCUGUCUGAGGGAGAAAAGGAUGGGGAGGGCGGGGAUGAGGGUGCUGCUGCUUCAAGCGUGCAAUCCAGCCAGCAGCAGCAGCAGCAUCAGCAGCAGCAGCCGCAGAAGAUCGUUGGUGCAGGUUCUCGUCCCAGCACAGGUGGAGCAGAGGGCAGGAGGCGUCCAUCCACCGCCCCCCACGUGGACCACCAGUUGCGCCGCGUGUACUCCCAGCACACCCCAGACUCUGCCGCUGCUCACUCCGCUGCUCACUCUGCUGCGCAAUCUGCUGCACCAUCCACCGGCUCCUCUCCUGCUAGAGGCUAUUCUGCCGGCAAGGCAAGGCGCGUCGCUUCUCAAGAAAAACCGUCCGUCACACCUGAGAGAGGGACGAUCCGGAGGGUCAAGUCUCAGCAGCAUGGGGGGGAGCCGGUCGAAGUGGUUCGCCGCAGCACCACAGGCCACGGAGCCCCUGCCUCUGCUGUCCGCCUGCCGCGCUCGCUCACAGCCCACCAGCCUUCAAGCCGGUUCGACGAGCCUCGGUGCAGGGGACAAAAGCCUGUUCUCGCUUCUGAGAGUGACUCGGGUGCUGAUGUUGAUAUAUGGGCGAGGGCGUAUGAGGAGGAAGAAGCAGCAGCAGCAGCAGGGGCUGAACCCCACCCAAGAGACCACGUGCUAGGCAGGGAAUACUCCGAUAUAGCAGCCUCGUUUGUGAUUAUAAAGAAGGAGGUGCUGGGGCAGGGAGAGCUGGGCGUGGUGAGGAGGUGUGUGGAGGUAGCAAGCGGCGAGGUGUAUGCAUGCAAGACGGUGGAGAAGCGGGGGAUAGUCACUAGGCAGGAUGCGGGGGAUGUGAGGCGCAUGCUGGCAUGCCUGCAGGCCGCCAGGGGCCAUGCGAAUGUGCUCACGCUCAAGGCUGUGUUGGAGGAUGCCGAGAACAUCCACGUCGUCAUGGAGCUCUGUGCGGGCGGCGAGCUGUUUGAUUUGAUUCGGCGUAACGGCCGGCUGAGCGAGGGAGUGUGUGCGUCGGUGUGCAGGGGAGUGGCAGCUGCACUGCAGCACUGCCACCAGCGGGGCAUCAUGCACCGCGAUGUCAAGCCCGAAAACAUCCUCCUGCUGCACGCACACUCCAACUCCCCUGUGAAGCUUUCAGACUUUGGGGUCGCCACUGCGUUCACAAAAGGCAUUCCUCUGAGUGACAUGAUGGGCACGCGAGAGUACAUGGCACCGGAGGUCAUCAGCGGCUGCUACGGCCCCGAAGCCGACAUCUGGAGCGCCGGAGCCGUGCUCUACAUCAUGCUGUGUGGUGCCUCCCCCUUCCGGGCGUCGGCCAAUCACAGCGUGACAGAUGUCAUCCUCAGGAAGCCCGUGAAGCUGCACUCGGCACGGUGGAAGGGGGUAUCGGAGGAGGCUAAGGACCUCGUGCUGCGCAUGCUGGAGAGGUCCCCUGCCAAGCGAAUUACCGCCAGCCAAGUGCUAGGUACGCCAAGGCGAAGAGCGGUGCUGGGGAGUUGUGGUUGGGGUGUGCGAGGAACCAGAGGAGUGGCGAGCAUCCUUGGAUUCGAAAGUGGACGUGAAGGGAGAUGGAAGCCACUUGAUGUAUCGGGGUUGAUGGGGAGGCUAGGGAGGUGCAAGGAAGGCAUGUUGCUGGGGCAGGAGGCAGGACACGAUGGCAUCGAGUGGAACACGGCGGAGAUGAAGGAGCAUGCUGCCCCGAAAACAGGACUGGAUUGGGAUGCAUUGGUUUCUGUCAUGCUGGCCUCGUGCCCUGGCUACAGGAUACUGAACGAUAUUUUCCCAUUAGUCAGUCAAAGGAUGGCUGACUCCGCUCAACCCCCGUCGGAUUCCGGAGUGACAAGCUUUGAAGCUCCCCAGGCAGAGGAUCGGCAGAAAGGGGCGACGGUCCAUGUUCCCGAAGUGGAGGAUGGGAGUGGUCGCGUCGACGAUCAAAUCGUUGACAAGAAAGAGGGUCUUACAGAACAGGGAGGAGCUGCUGAGAGCACCGGUGAUAUUGGUUCGGAAAGCAAGCAAGCGAGUACGUCUGCGUCCUCUGCAACUUCAGUCGAAGGGAAGACCAAAUCUCAGGGAAAGGGAGCGAAGCUGCCUUUGGAACAAAUACGGCGUGUCGUUGACGACCCUGACGUACCAGCGGAUGAAAAGAUCAAGAUACUGCAUUCGAAGAUUAUGGCGCAGGCACGGGAAGCUAAGGCUGGCGAUAAGGAGAGCGCAGCUUUGCUGAAGAAGAUUGAUCAACUAACAAGGGAACGCGACUCUGUGAUGGCCGAAAUGAGGAAGUCUGCUACACUUCGUGGCAAAUUGGAGACUUUGUGUCGUGAACUUCAGAAGCAAAACAAGACCAUAUUGGAAGAAAGCAAGAAGGCUGCAAACGAGCAGCAGCAGAAACGAGAGGAAUUGUCAUCUAAAUUCCUCGACUCCAUCAAGGACAUUGAACUCAGAUUGGAAGAGCAGGGAGCUGAAAGAUCGAGCCACCUUAAGGAGAAUCAAAUCCUUGCAGAGCAACUCAAGAAGAUACAAGAGCAUGCAGACGUCAAGGAGAAAUACUGGGCUCACCUUAUCAAGACGAAGGAUCUUGAGUAUCAGCUUUUGGAUGCAAAGUAUAAGCAGCAAGAGAAGUUGAUGGUCGAAGAACGGGCUCUGAGCAAGGCAAGAGGCGAACAGGUCGUUGAUCUUCUAAAGACAGAAAAAGAACUGAGGGGCCAGUUGGCGUUAUACAUUGAUAAGUUUGAUCAAUUCCAGGGUACUUUGUCAAAGAGCAACGAAGUCCUUGGCACGAUGAAGAAGGAAAUGGACAAGAUGACGAAGCGAAUUAAGAAGCUGGAGAAGGACAAUUCUGAACUUCGAGCCAAGUGUGAAAAGUCAGAUGUUUCGCUUAUUGAGCUUCUUGAUGAGCGUGCGGCACAGCGCAAGCAGCUUGAGACGCUGCAGGCUCAGAAGCAGAAGCUGGAGGGGCUGUGCCGGUUAUUGCAGGCAGAAAGGAAGAAGUGGCAUGAACAGGCCCAGGAACAGCAGCGGCAUGAGCAAGAGAGCGUGAGCGUGGAGGAACCUACCACCGCUGAUGCAGUUGAUUCCACAGACAAGUCCGCAGAUGCAGUUACAGCAGGAGCAACAAGUGAAAGUGGCGAGAGUAAUGGCUCUGACACACAGCAGGCAACGGAUGUGCAGCCUUCAGCUGUUGUCGAGGAUGGUGCAGCCAUACCAGCAUGA